CUAUAUAUAUGCAAUGCACGUACUAUUAAACCAUGCAAGCAUAAUAGUGUGGACUAUGUAUAAGAACCUCUAUCAAACAAGUAUGAAUAAGGCCUAAGAAACGUCCAUUCCAUAUUUCCAUUCCGCACAAUCGCUAUGUGUGGUUACGUGUACAAGAACCAUAAGUAGAGUGAACCUUAUUCAAAUCAGGAACGAAGAUAAUGAUAAGAUAACUUAUGCGACAAACUGAGGAAGUUUGAAAUGUCAUUGGCUUCGCUUAUAAUGUCGUUCAUGGGCAUGGUUCUGCUGGUGCAAAGCGACCCCUGUCCAAGAUGCAAUUCCACUGGAAGAUAUAAUGGAUUUCAGUGCACUGAAAUGAAACGCCAAAGAGAUAUUGUGCCAAUUAACGGUUCAAUACUCCUGAUGAACAUCACCUCUGGUGUAUGCAGUACAUUAAACGUGACGAUUGAUGACAAGAAUGUUCUUAAUGAUGAAUGGGCUACCAACUGUCAAUCCUGCUACUUGAACAUCACAUGCAAGACCUCAGCGCUAUACAAAUUCAAGAGUGGAAAUGAGACGCUCCAUGAGGUUAAGUGUGAUGAUGUUUGUCCUGCAGUUAGAAUGGUUGGAAUGGAGUUGUUGGAGAUCGUGCUCAUAGUGAGCGGAAGCAUCGUUUUCAUAUUCAUGGUCAUUCUUAUCUUCACCCACAAGUACCACAAGUGCCAGGCAUCCGAAGGAGAAAUUGAUGACGUUGACCACAAGCAGUGCAUCUUCAUCUUUGUUAUCAUAGCUUGCCUUUUAAGCAUCAUCACUACUCUGGUGGUCAUUCUCAAACACACAGGGCUAGUCCACUGUUUGGCCAGAGACUCCCUGGGCCUAAUCUUUGGGAUCGUCAUCGUCCUUCUCGUCUCCCUGAUUGUUUUGAUUCUAUCCAUCUUAUGUCUCGUGCGGAAGAAGCCAAAAUCAUCCGAGUAAAGAGGCACAAUUGAGGGUAAUGAUGUCUACUGGCCGGGUGCCACAAGCAAACCAACCCUGAACGAGAACAUCAAUUGACUUGUUUUUCUAAUGAACGACAGAAGUACAGAAAGUCGGCGACACCAGUCACUAUUUCUCCCAGGAACUAUACAGACCAAAGUGUUCGUUCAUAAACCAUUGAUUGGCAUGAUUGACACAUGGAUGGAUCAUUGAUGAUUAUCACAAGCCACGUUUUAAACACAGUUCAUAUCAUUGAUUGGUCUAUGAUAGCCGAUAACCGUAGGCCUUCGUGUGUUCCAUAUUAUGUAUUAUAUAUUAUAAGGGAAAGUGCAUUCCAGAGUUACUGAUCCGUUCGAUUUGGGUUUCACCUCAGCGUGACAUCCUUACGGCACGUGUUGAUGGUUUAUGUUUUGUGAAAACAACAAAGUGACUGUUAGUAAAAAAACUAACCUGGGACAUAUGUACACAAAGGGUAUGCGAAAUUAUUCAUAAUACAAUGAAUAAUUUGAAUUUAUAAUGUAAUAGAUAACCAUGAUAGGCUGGUUGAUAAUUCAUUCUUGCUGUACAGACUUGUUAAGAAUUCAUGUAUUUUUCUCAUAGAGUUUUAAUGGUAUAUAGAUAUUGAUAUACAUAACCAGCCACUGACAAAAUACAUGUCAUUUUCCUGUAUUUUACCCUACACCUCACCCACAUUUGAUCGGAUUCUACCGUAUGGAGUGUACACUAUCUGUAUACGGCAUAUAAAGCAGCAUAUGGUGAGCUCGUUUUUCGAUCACUCAGACCUCACUUUCCAUGACCCCUUGGCUGCAAAGUUAAUUAGAAGAGACAAACCAGUAAAAAGCCUUUUCGGUUACAAGAUAAGCCAUUUUCCAGAAAAUGUGAGGAAAAAAUAUCAAAAUGGCGGAUAGCGAGAAAUCUUAUUCCAAAAGAUAUUCACGCAUAAUCAAUCAAUUCAAGCGCUUUAUAGCUUAGUUAUAAAGCAGUAUGAUAUAUUUAAACCAAUACGAUAUGUAUCCUACAAGUUAAACACAGGACAAUAAAACACUGGUGUUGUUAAAAUGUGAAAAGAUAAUUUAGAUAGUACCACCCCCACUCUUUAACUCAAGUAUCAAAGCUUUACUGGAAGCCCCUUCAUGUUAGGAAUAUUUGUGGCCGAUUUUGAGGAGAUACCAUUACAAGUAAACCAAUUAACAUCCGCGGCCAUUUUGUAGAUGCAAACGAAAUCAAACCAUGAAUAAACAUUGGCACGGACAUAUAAUAGGAGUUCAAUGUUAGGUGAAUAAGAUUAAUGUUCUACCGGCUGUUUGUCAAAUCCUGGCGUUAAACCGUAAACCGUGAUAUUUGAAUUCAGAAGAGAAAUCUCGCGAUCAAGCCAGUGCUCGAGAUGAGUUGGAAACUAACAUAUCGUUGUCCGCUGAUGCUGACGUCAUAGCCAGCAGUCGCUAUCAUUAUCUCCGGCAGCAGCUAAUAUCUCGCACACUAAAAGUAUCACCUUGACAUGUUUCUUGAUCAUCUCCUUUAACUCAAAUACAAAUAUAAAAUAUAGGUGG